AUGUGCAGUGCAGACCCUUCCUUUUGGAGACAGAUAUUUAUACUGAUCCCAGCAUGCCUACACUCGUUUUCCGGAGGAUUCAUGGUGGCUUUCCCGGCUGUGCUAAAUCCGGCGAUCCUAUCUCCGAAUAGCACAGACAUCACAGCUACUUCUGACCAAGCCUCCUGGAUAGCAUCAACUAAUGGCAUUUCCGAAAUCAUCGGUUUCCUAAUUUUUUCACCUAUAUUUCAAAUCUUCGGUCGGAAGGUGGCUGGUAUGGGGUUGAACGUCAUCAUGGUUAUCGGCUGGCUCACACUAUCUCUUGCCAAUAGUAUCACAGUUUUAGUUUUUGCAAGAGCUAUUCAAGGCUUAAGUAUUGGCGGAAUAUUUAUCUGUGCUAUUACUUUAUCUGAAUAUGCAAAUCCACACAGAAGAGGCUAUUUCAUGAUUAUGAAGAAAAUAUCAUUAGGUGCAGAGACUAAGGAUAGGACAUUGCAAGAAAUAGAGGAUGAAAUAAAGGGCACUAUAAGGGACAGUUCUGAUGCAGAUAAACACUUGUUAUCUGGAAAAGUCAUCUCUGUGGAUACUUAA